AUGGAUACCCUCGCCGCAGAGGUCGAUCGAGUAGUCUUUACUCCGUAUCCUACCCAACUAAAGUCCCUCCAUGAUAUCGUUUCUCAGACGUCCGAAGCAAAUAUAUGUCUUUGGGCCUCUUGCUAUCACUGUCGCAUUUCUUCCUUGAGUCAGGCUCUUAUAGAUGCACUAUCACAAUGGCCAUACGUCUUAGAAAUCAUAACUCGCCUGUCUUGUGCUGUCGAUGUCAGAAAUGCCCUCGUGCAAAGAGAGCCCUCACUAUUGCCUCGUCUCCUAACGCAUGCUUUAGAAUCUCGAGUUGAGAGCAGAAAGUAUGUGGACGCUGCCGUAGCCCUCCUAUCUCACCCUCUGCCUUCAGAUGUAGCUUUGCCAGCAACUGCGCAGAACUUCCUGCUUCAGCUCUUCGACCGUGCUGCUACCCAGCCUGAUGCUGCCACUGUUCAAAAGAUACACCGACUAGUGUACGGAGCUUGCAAGCCUAUUCUUGGGGUCCUCUCUCCAGGUGUUCUGGCCCACCUGGAAGAGUACAUCUUCUCCAUUCUCAAAAGCUCUUCUGGUGUCGAGGAUCAGUCCUUGGGCAUGUAUUGUCUAGCAAUCAUGAGAAUGAUUCUUGAAAAGUUCCAGACAGAGGUUGGAAACGACGACAUGUGGCCCACUCUUGACCACUCUGUCGAUUCUUCCAACUCGCAAUGGACACCCGAAGCCAUCAAGCAAUUCUUUCAUGGCAACAAGACUCACAAGACAAUGCAGCUGCUGGUCUUACGAGUCAUCUGGGCUUGCAGACCAGAAUCAGCGGAUCCAACUGGACAAGGCCUUACUAGCGUCACUCUUGUCAACCAGAUCCUAGCUGGGGUAUCCCAAUCAGCAGUCAUCGAUUGGUCUCAAAAGAAUGCAGUCAUCGUACGAAAGUUGCAAGAGAAGUGUCUCGUGCCUGACAUGCUUCCUGCUCUUCGUUUCCAGGUCCUUACCUUCUUGAGCUCACUGUCUGAUAAAAACAUGCUACCGUCUCAAGCAACGCUUUUCUACGAGAGAUCGUUGCUAGACUUGAGUGCUGCUUUCCUCAAACACGAGUACUUGGACGUGUCACUGCGACUAUCACUUUGUCGUUUGUCAUCGAAGUUCAAGCCUGAGUGGUGGGAAGAACUUCUAGACAAGGUCAUAAGCUUGUUGAUAGAAUCACCACCGACUCUAUUGUUCAACUCAGCCAAUAGCUAUAUCUUGUUUCUCGACCACAUCGCUGACAUGGUCGAAGACAACGAAUUUUGUCGUCGUGGCAUACUUGCAGCUCUGCAUUCUAGUCACAAUCACCAGAAGCUGGAGCAUUUCUUUGCCAAUCUGAAUGCGUUUCCUGAAAUCGACACGGGUCUAGGCACAAACAAGUUCUGUGUUGCUGCAUACACGUCCUCGAAGAACAAGCUCAAAUCUUCGCUUUGCUCUCUAUUGCUUCGUGCAUCUUUAGCUGCGUCGCAAGAAGAGACUUCUUCCAUACGCCGACUGCUGCCUGAGAUUCUUCGACAUCACGGAGUUGCUGAGUCAAGCAAGUCAGUCUGUCCCAUAUGUGUGCAAACAAGACUCAAAGCACCGCAACGUCCGACGCCGUUUGUUGAAAUCGAAGCUACACCCGAGUCACAAGAUGCAAGUCUACACUGGAAAGAGCGUCUCAGUGCAGUGAUGCAGACCCAUGCCAAGUAUCAAGAGACGUCUUUGGUAGCCUCUUUCAUCAACAUUUGUCACGACUUAGAGGCCCGAUGCGAGAGUGUCGAGGAGCCGCUGAGGUUAGAGCGUCAAAAGUUCGCAAGUCUGGAGAAGCGAUAUGCAGACUUGAACAAAGCAUACGGAGAGCUUGAGGGCCAGGUAAUGGAUAGGGAUCUGCGCAUCAACGCCCUCGAAGCAGAAAAUGAUCGUCACGAGAAUGACCUGGCAGCUUCUUCCCAAGAAACACGAGAUCUGCUACAGCGAAUUGACACGAUUACUCGGGAGCUUCAAGAAGCCAACCACAAUGCACAGCGAGACAUCGAUCAGCUCAAGCACGAAAGGCAAGAUCUGGAAGUACAGCAUGCUACCAAUAUUGCCUGUAAGCAAGAGGCAUUCGAGCAGAUACGUGAACAACUCCACCAGGCCAGACUGGAAGUCGAGGACUUGCGUUCCGAACUGAACAACACGAUGGAGUCGAGAAAGCAUGACAAUACUGAGUAUGAGAAUUUGCAAUCUGAAAAGGGACAUCUUGAACAACAGCUUCAGGAGAGUCGAAACAAGAUUUCACAAAUUGAGGAAGAACGAGCGACACUGCUUGAAGGUCAUAGUUUGCUGGAGCAAGAUAUUCUCAAGCUUCAACAAGAUAUCAAGGAACGUCAGCUGCAGCAUGAGAACCUGCUGACUGAGAUCCGGGCUACCAAACAGAACUCGGAGGUUGAAGCUAGGAAGACUGCUACAGCCUUCGAGGAUGCCAUGUCAAGAGCAAAGCAAGAAUGGAUGAGCAUGAAGAACCAUCUUGAAGAGCAACUGGAAGAAGCUCGACAGGAUCUUGCCGAGGCAGAAGACGGCUUCCAGCAACAGCACGAAGCAAAUAANGCAAAGACUGCAGAUCUUCGCAAGCGAAUCGAGCGCUUGACAAAGGACUGCACAAAGAAGGACGCCCAAGUGCUUGAAGCGCAGGAGAUGAGAAACAGACUAAUGAACGCCAUGGGACUUGGUGGCAUGAUGGCUCCGCCUCAAGAGCCUGUAGCAAGGUCGUCAGUACUGCCUGUGCGAUCUGCCUCUACCAAUUCAUCCACACCACGAACCGCCUUACCAUCACAAGUCCCCUUCACACCUGCGCCUGGCGCACAGCAUUCUGAUGACGAGCAUGAAGACGAAGGACCAAAUAGUACGUUUAUGUCUGACGCCUCGGCAGAUAAUGGACCUACCCCAAAGCGCGCAAGGCCUCGUCCGUCAUUGAGACCGGCAAGUACACAGGAGAAGAGAACGAGCAUCGCACCAAGGUCUGCAAGAGCUAUGAUGCGAACAAAGAGUGCUAUUAAGAGACAGCCUCUGCAAGACAUGCCGACCAAUCGAUCACCUGUACGAGCCAGAUCGCCGAGCAAAGUUGCAUUCCACGAUGUCCAAAACCAUGGGUUCGGAAUCAACACUGCCGAAAGGCGGGAACUUGAAGAUUGGUCAUUUUCUGCAGACCAUAUAAUGACGGGCACUCCAGGCGUUGGUUUGGGUGAUAAGCCAGAGGAUGGUCUGGAUGCAAGUACCACAGAUGUUUAG